GCGCCCUCAGCUGCCACGACGCCGGCAAAAAAAAGGUCCCUUCCCAGUGCUCUGUCCAGGCGCCACACCAGCGUCUCGCCUCUUAGCCUCUCACCAUGAACGCCGUGGCCUCAGAGACCGUGUUCUUGUCCGCUUUACAGCCCAACAACUCGGUCACCACCUACGGGCUCCCGUCUGACAUGCAACUCCAGAACGGCGGCUCCGUGUCGGACCAGAUGGCCAGAGCGCGGCGCGUCCAGCAGCAGGUCCAGAUGAGACUGGCGGAGAAGUCCACACUUCCGCGGCAGAGCGAAUCGGCCUCCCAGCACGCCAUGUCAGAGUACAGCGGAUCUUCAACAAUGAAAUAUCAAACCUAUAACCCAGGUUUCAGCUCUAAAUCAUCCUAUAUGUACACAGGCUCCAGAACAAUGGGUCCACGUGUAACCCCGAGGUCGGGCUUUAGCUGUCAUUCAGCUGGCCCAGACCUGGCCCAACUCCAAAGGAUCAGUGUUGGAGGUGGAGGAGCUGGUGGUGGCAGUUUAUUCCAAGAAGAAAUGAGCAUGGGCAGCUACCAAGGAAACACCAGACUGCAGAGCCGAAUGGACCCAGAGACCCUCUCUCUGCACUCAAUGCGGCUGCAGACAGGGCCUGUGUAUUCCUGGAUGGUCGAUGGCAGCGAUGCUGGCAGCUUAGCCUCCGACCGGGACGCCACCUACAGCCGCCAGUAUGCUCAGAGUACACUCAACGGCUACAACAGCCAGAUGAGGCAAGGAGGAGGCGCCAUGACCUUUCCCCUGCCCAUACGCCGAUCUCUUAGUGGCACUCUUUCCCGCGGCGGAGGGAUGGCAGGAGGAGAGACAGAGAUCAUCCAGCAACAUGCUUUCAAAGGCCCAGCCCACCGCACCAUCAACAGGAUUAUAAGCCAAAACCGGAGGAAGAGCAUGGGCUCCAUGUCUGGGAGCAACUAUGGUAGAGGAGGGGACACAGUGGACAGGGGCUUCAUUGCAUCCGCAGUUUCCUCUGGUUCCCAGGGGAACCUAUCACUGCAGCGUCAUUGCAAACUGUCCCGUUCCCCGUCGUACAAAAGCGUGCAGAGUGUCGGCAGGGGCAAGGACAUCUUCAACGGGCAGAUGGAUAUGACAGGCAGCAUGGGCAACCUCAGCGGGCUCACCUCCUUGGACAUGCCCACAGCAGUGCAACACCUGAGAGAGUCCGACCAUGAUUUGCAGGUCCUGGGUGCCGCUUACAUUCAGCAUGAGUGUUACAAUGACAACGAGGCCAAAAAUGAGGUGCGUUUCUUGAAGGGCAUUGGUGACCUGGUGAAGCUGUUCAACAGUGACAACCAGGAAGUGCAGCGUUAUGCCACCGGCGCCACGCGCAACCUCAUCUAUGAGAAUAUGGAAAACAAAGUGGCCCUGAUCGAGGAGGGCGGCAUCCCACAGCUGGUCGAGGCACUUAGGGAGACCGACGAUGAGCUCCACAAAAACAUCACAGGUAUCCUGUGGAACCUUUCGUCCAAAGACAAUCUGAAGGAGAAACUGGCCAGGGAGACACUUCCUGAGCUGACUGACAAGAUCCUCAUCCCACUGUCAGGCGGCGGAGACUCUGAGGACAUCGAUCAGUCCCCCUCUGAGGCAGACAUCUUCUACAACACCACAGGAUGCCUCAGGAAUCUGAGCUCUGUGAACGAAAAGACCCGUCAGCAGAUGAGAGAAACACACGGACUGGUGGACUCUUUGGUGGGCUACAUCAAGGCCUCCAUUCAUGACAACAAGGCAGAAGACAAGGGGGUUGAAAAUGCAGUGUGUGUCUUGAGGAACCUCUCCUACCAGCUCUACAGUGAGAUGCCUCCAUCUGCUAUGCUGCGCCUGGAAGGACCAACCAGAGCCCAGGACUCAGGGAAGGGUGACGCCAUUGGUUGCUUUACGCCUCAGAGCAGGAAAUCCAAAAAUAGCAAGAACCAGGAUUUCUCCACUUUCACCGAGGUUGCUCGGGUGCCAAAGGGUGUGGAGUGGCUGUGGCACCCUCAGAUUGUGGGGGUUUACAACUGCUUGCUGCGUCAGUGUGAGAUCAACUCCACCACCCGUGAGGCAGCUGCUGGAGCUCUGCAGAACAUUACGGCUGGAGACAAGAGGUGGGCGUCAGUGCUGAGCCGGGUGGCUCUGGAGCAGGAGCGCAUGCUGCCAGUGCUGCUGGACCUCCUACGUACCAACAAUGACCUGGAGCUGCGUUCCCUCACAGGCUUCCUCCGAAAUCUAUCCCGCCAUGCCAGGGAUAAAGGCGACAUGGCGACAAAGGUGGUAAACAACCUGGUGACUAAGCUGCCCGUCGAUACCCACCAGAAGGAACCCUCCAGCGAUGUGGUGGUCAACAUCUGUGGUGUUCUCAAUAACCUGGUGACCAGCAGCUCUUUAGCUGCCAGAGACAUCGCCUUCUUUGAUGGCCUGACAAAACUGGUCGCCAUCAAGAACUCAUGUGACAGCAGCCCAGGGAAGAUGAAAGCAGCCAAAGCAGCAGCUACAGUUCUCAGCAACAUGUUCCAGUACAAGAAACUGCACAAACAGUACAAAGAGAAAGGGUUCACCAGACAGGAUUUUGCGGAUAUGACGAUGUAAAACAAAGGUAAAGUUCACUUCUAAAACAGCGAGUAGUCCUGCAAUCUACCAGCACCCAGUGGAAGAAAUCUUUCCAGGUUGUGGGAAGUAAAUAAACUCUUUAUACUAUCCACAGAUAACGUAGGAUCAGUCUUUAUCUGCCUUACUUUUUGAUAAGAACAUGACCACACAAGUGAUGGAGGAUCUACCCGAUGGAAAAAAGGACUUUCUGUGUAUUUUAAAACUCUGUGGACAUCGGUACAGUGCAAGAAAUGUAGACCCAGUAUGAUGGACUGUUGAUGGACUUGGAUACAAUUAUGUGCACCUUGACCAUUUACUCUUUGUUUGAAAUGUGUGUGUGCUUAGUGCGGAGUCAGGGAUUUCUUUUCUGUCAGAGCAACGUAUCCAAAUGAAACUUCAGCUGUUUGUGUUUCUGCUGUUUAAAAACAGUGUCAAACUGUUAAUGGACAUUGGUGGACACUUGUGCCUUAUCUUCUCACUGUUGCACUUAUUUUCAGCAUGAAUGCAACAAAGUUGGUACUAACAUGGCAUUUUUUUGUAAAUAUUGCUUUCUUCUUUAUGCAGAAAUAGGAUGAAAUGUUUUAUAUACUGUAGCCAGGUACUUUGUUUUGUAGAAUUUGGAUAGAUGAAUAUGCGUUUAUAUGUGAGUCAAAAUUAUAACACGUAGUUAUAACUGAUUGUACACCAGAGGAGACGUUUAGAAAUUGCAGAAAUCUGGAUGUUAAUACAUUUGAUUUAGAAAUCUUGGGAUAAUGAUUGUGCUUCCAAAGUAUUCAGCUAUGGGCUUUUUAAAGUUGUGAAAUCUGUCUCUUCAUACAAAAUGUAUUGUGUUUUUUGUAAUCACUUUGUCAAACAGAACUCCGUUCCAUUCUGUGUUGUUUUUUUUUUUUUAGCAUGCCAUUGUAACUCUUGUUUGCCUAACGUAAUAAAUGGUGUGAAUGUGAAACAGAGGGGGUGAUAAGGUGAAAAGCUAAGGUCCUAUUUUUGUUUUUUUCAGAACAAAUAGAAUAUUUUAUUAUUUGAAACCAACUGCAAGAUUGAACACUGUUCAGUGUGACCAGAUUUAUUUAGAUUUAUUUAGAUUGGCAAAUUGAAUAUUUUUAAAUCUACUUGAUUAACUUGUUAGUAUUCAAAUAGUUCACUUAAAAAAUACUGAAUUAUAACAGUUACCACUCUGUGGCAUAAAUGGUAACUGUAUGUUUCACUUUUCAUAUUUGCUUUUCUGUUGUGUGCAGGCACAUUAUCAUCUGGAUAUUUUUCAGAUAAUAAAGAGACAGAUGU